GCUCAUGAACCAAAAGAAUCCAACUUUGUUAAAUACCUGACUAUGCCCUGGGCCUGCAUGGGUACACAGGUAUCCUCAUGUAUGCACCAUCCCAAAAUACAAAUUUAUCUAUUGAGAGCUCACUGGCGAAGACGCUAAUGUGUCUGCUAAGGUCCUUCCCCACUAGGGCAGCACACUGGUAUUAUCGACCAGUUCUACGUGUUGCAAACUUUUGCCAGCUAGAACUUCAGCCUUUGAAUCUCAGCAUUUUCACUGUAGUCAUAACUCAUUCAAAUUAUCUUACACUUUGCAUCUUAUCCAUAUGCAAUUGUGAACCUUGCCAAAACUGGUUGGAAAAGUUUCAUUCCAUACUUCCACAAGUUACUAAAAUAGGAACUUUGGAAGUUUGUUAGGGAAAAAUAAAAAACUUUUACAAUAACUAAAAGCAACUGCUAUCCAUUAUUAAUGCUAGGCCUAAAUCCCAAACAGACCAUUUCAACAUAGAAGAUGCAUUUAAGAGUCUUCUGAGAUCAAAUAGCCGGUAGAUGACUGUUAGAUAUUGCAAUAAGAAGGCAUGUCAUGUGGGAAAUGAAUCCAGAAACUAGAGAGGAGAGAAGAAACUAUGGAUACUUUUUAGUCUUCCAGAAAGUAUUCCGGUUAAACCGUUAUCUCCUGCUAAAUGAAAGCAAGAGGUGGUAGCAGGUUUUUGAAGGGAGUGGUGAAUAAACAUUUUAUAUGAAGCAUACAAACUUCAUCUAGGUGAUUAAUGGUCAGAUCGCAAUGUACCAAAACAGUAUGAAGGCUCACACUUUUCUUCAAAAAAAUUUUAGCGCAAGAUCACUUUAGCUUCAUGCCUUUUACUCAAAGAAAAUAAAUAAUAUAUUCAAAAGGGACCAAACUUGGGGCCGUGAAGUAGCAAUAUUUUGCCUGGGGGUGGUGCAGACAAGGGAGGGAUGGAAUGGGAGGGCAUGGAAAGGAGAGGCGCUGGGGCGACAGAGACCCACGCUCCGAGUUAGGUCGGAGGGAAAAGUUGCCCCCGUCCUGUGCGCUGGGCGGCCCGAGUCGCGCGGCAGCAGCGGGAGGCGGCGGCGGCGGCGGCGGCGGCGGCGGCGGCGGGGGGGGGGGGGGCAGUCGCGUCCGGCCCGGCCGCCGCUCAGGCUCGCGGCCGGUAGCCCAACUCCGCCCGGCGCGCCCCGGCCCGCGGCCUCCGUCGCUCGCCGACCCGCGCAGCGUGGGCUCGUCCCGACACCGAAACUUUCGCUCGGGAAAGCGAGCGGGCGACUGGCGGCGAGGACGCAGGCUCCACCCGGCCGGCGCGGGGGGACGCGGGGCCACGCAGCUCCGCUCCGCCGAGCCCCGGGACCGGCUCGCCGCCGCCCGCCCAUGCCCAAGGGGCGCUGUCCCGGAGGGGGCCCUGGCCCGCGUCCCUCCCGCGGCCGGACCCCAAAGGCUGACAAACAAUAAACAAAAGCUGUCUUCACUGAUGGGAAAGAAAAAAAAAAGUAUACCUCCUUCCUCCAAACCCCCAUCCCAUUUCUUCCUCCUCAUCUCCCUCACUUUAGUUUGCAGCCUGCUGCAUUUUCUAAUCCUUCUCAAGAUUCCAAAAGGAAAGACGACUGUAUCACGUUAAAGGCUCUGGCACACAGACAGGGGAAUCUGCACCUUGGUAGAGGUUACACAGCUAGAGAGCCUCUGAAAAGAGGAAAUUACUGUAGGAAUGCCCACUCAGCAUGUGAGGGUGAGGUGACAUGUUAAGGCCACUCUCAUUCAGACUCUCCCCCACCCCACCCCCUUUUUAAAAGUAAGGAGCAAGAAAUAUGCUACUGGAGAAAACAAAGUUCUCUGAAAUAGUCUGCAUCUUUCUAACGUGAUUUUAUGCUUGUUCUCCAGUUACUUUAUUGCCAGAAUAAUUCCUGAAUUCUCAAGAGACCAUUUUCACACGCGCCCCCAACCCCGCUUCUAAAUCUCCUUGGAAAACUCUGAUUAUUUAUUAAGGGGUGAGGGGAAAUAAUGACUUAAACCUUUAAUGAGAGAGCCCCGUCUUCCCAAACUACACAACUGCUUUUCCUUGGUUCCUCUUGGAUUAUCAGUAGGGGAGAAACGUCCUAAAUGUCAAGCCGAAUAACGGAGACAACAUCCCUGGCCACGAAAACCCUCGCUGGGAUCUAUAACUUCAACGCGCUCCAAGUUUCCUCGAUAGAAGUUUCUGGCUGACGGUUCCAACAUGUAACUGAGGCACAGUGAGAAGUUAUUGUUCCGAGUGUGUACUCUUGGGAAGCUUUCUUCCAGAGCAGAUUAAAAUCUUUCUUUUGGUGUGUUAAAAGAUAGACUUCACAUCUGCCUCUUCCCAAAACAGCAAAGAUGCUGACUUUUAAUUGAAUCUCAAAGAAAAGGAAAAUAAUUUUUUAGAAAGGGCUGGCACGUCGCCCUGGUUUAAAAAAAAAUGGGGAAAGAAAUUUAAUGCUGCUAUUUCUACUUUGAAAACUUCUUUUGUUGCAGCAGUGGAUGUGCCCGCGAUUUCCAGCUUUCUGCGGUUAGCAAUAUUAUCUUAAGUAACUUUUGGCGCCCUUCGUAAGACUUUUGGAUAUGGGACGAUUGUUUGCGCCCUCUAGGCAAGGGCUGGAUCCAAGUUCAGCACCAAAGCCCUGCACAUCCGCUCCUGCUUUCUCUCCUACCUCCGCCAGCUCCCGCUCCCUCCCCCGCGGGAGGUGGGGGGGUGGGCCGGCGGGGGAAACACUACAAAGCACAGUUCCAACUACAGCCUUUGGAAACAGGACUGCGAAAAAUACAGUAGAAGAGUUACAGUUACAGAGAGGCUUCUGGUAACUUUCUCUCCAACAGGCAUAAAUUUAAACACACAAAGAAACAGAUGUUCCUCAAAGGGCAGACUGGGGGUAGAAAACCUUUCCAACCCUCUCCCCUACGUCCCAAGUUGCAAAAGUAAAUCCUUGUCCAGAGUUCACAAAGAUACUAAGACCCUUGAAAGAGAACAGGGAUGGAGGGCGAAGAGAAGAAAGAAAGGAUAGUAGAGAGAACAGUAUAGGAAACACAGGUGAAGUACAAAAACUAGUUUACUGCAAUCGUAUAAGUGACCCAUUGUUAGGAAGGAUAAACCCCUUAUUGGAAAUAACCACUCCAGUCAUUUAUUUUGCAAGUGCUAGGCGGCUGCCUUGAAAUGGGAUUGUCUCUGCGCAAAGGAGGCUCCUGUCAUGCUCUCUGCUAUCCAUAUUCUCCCUGGCACAGAGCCCAGCCUUGCAUUUGCUGUGUUUUAUUUGCAGAAAUGUUACCUUGCCAGUUUUAGUGAAAUCCUCUUAGAUAUAUAAAUUAUGUCAAUAAGGUUUCACUUAUAUGUACAUCUCAAAUACCUCUCAUUUUGGAGGUUACUUAAUAGGAAGAUCUUAUUAAUAUGAUUUAGAUUUUAAUGUACAAAGCAAUGAAGGUAAAAUUGGGGUUUGUAAGUGACAACGCCAUUUACUCUAGUUCCUACCAAGACUAACUUUAUUACUAGCAGCUUCCAACAUUUUUCUUCUCUAGUUUUUUGACCUACAGUCACUUGUGUGCAGAUUUUCUUAUAUGCAUAUAUUCCUAAAUUGAAUCAUGUUCCUGAACUGAGCAUCCAAGUGGAUUCUUACAUCAGAUUUCCAGGCCAGAUUUGAUUAGAAUGCCUA